CCUGCUUCCCCCAACCGUUUCUGCCUAACAUGAUUUGCUAAAGAUUCCCCCUUAGAUCUCCCUUGUUAUUUUCACACAAUUUUCAAGUUUUUUCCCUCGUCAUUAUCCAUGGAAACCUGUUUCUUCGAUGCUCUCAAGGCUCAGCCUUUCUGGGUCAUUUUCCUUUUCACUUUAGGUUCUUUAUCAAUCUUCAAAUCCUCAAUUGUUUUCCUCAAAUGGGUCUGGGUCAAUUUCCUCAGACCGGGAAAAAACCUCAAGAAAUAUGGCUCAUGGGGUCUGGUCACUGGUCCAACCGAUGGCAUAGGCAAAGGUUUCGCCUUUCAGCUGGCUAAGAAGGGGCUUAAUCUCGUCUUGGUGGGUCGUAAUCCUGAUAAACUCAAAGAUGUUUCUGAUUCGAUCUUGGCCAAGCACGGCAAGAUUCAGAUCAAGACCGUCGUUGUCGACUUCACCGGCGAUCUCGAUGAAGGCGUGAAGAGGAUAAAAGAAACCAUUGAAGGGUUGGAUGUUGGGGUUCUGAUUAACAACGUUGGGAUCUCGUAUCCUUACGCCAGGUUCUUCCACGAGGUUGACGAGGAACUGUUGAGGGAUUUGAUUAGGGUUAAUGUUGAAGGUACCACAAAGGUUACUCAAGCUGUUUUGCCUGGGAUGGUGAAGAGGAAGAAAGGUGCCAUUGUGAAUAUCGGCUCUGGUGCUGCCAUUGUUAUACCUUCUGAUCCACUUUAUGCUGUUUAUGCUGCUACUAAGGCGUAUAUUGAUCAAUUCUCUAGGUGCCUUUAUGUUGAAUACAAGAACAGUGGGAUUGAUGUUCAGUGUCAGGUUCCAUUGUACGUUGCAACAAAAAUGGCAUCAAUCCGAAGAUCAUCCUUCUUUGUUCCAUCGACAGACGGGUAUGCUCAAGCAGCCAUGCGGUGGAUAGGCUAUGAACCUCGUUGCACGCCCUACUGGCCCCAUUCCAUUCUCUGGGGCUUGGCUCAUUCACUGCCGGAGACUGUGGUUGAUGCUUGGCGUUUGCGCUUUUGUCUCGGCAUCCGAAAGAGGGGACAACUCAAAGAUUCUAGGAAGAAGGAAUGAAGACACCCUUUGGGUCUACUCUGAUUUUUCUGUUGAUGUCGUUCAAAGUUUGCUAGGAUCAAUGUUCUUUUGGCUUCUUUCAACUUCUUGAGAUGUACUUUUCCCCCUCCAUG